GGGAGCGGGAGGCGCCGGCGGCGGCUGAGGCUGAGGGAGCGGGAGCCGCCAUGGAGCCGGGGGGCCGGCGGGGCCGCCCCGCCGAGGAACCAGCGCGGCCCGAGGACGAGGAGGUGGAUCCCCGCAUCCAGGGGGAGCUAGAAAAACUGAAUCAAUCUACAGAUGAUAUCAACCGCAGAGAGACGGAGCUGGAGGAUGCGCGCCAGAAGUUCCGCUCUGUGCUGGUGGAGGCCACAGUAAAACUGGAUGAGCUGGUCAAGAAGAUUGGAAAAGCUGUAGAAGACUCUAAACCUUACUGGGAAGCUCGGAGGGUGGCCAGGCAGGCUCAGCUGGAGGCUCAGAGGGCGACUCAGGACUUCCAGAGGGCCACGGAAGUGCUGCGUGCUGCCAAGGAGACCAUCUCCCUCGCGGAGCAGCGCCUGCUGGAGGACGACAAGCGCCAGUUUGACUCGGCCUGGCAGGAGAUGCUCAACCACGCUACUCAGAGGGUCAUGGAGGCAGAACAGACCAAAACGAGAAGCGAGCUGGUUCACAAGGAGACUGCAGCCAAAUACAAUGCUGCCAUGGGAAGGAUGAAACAACUGGAGAAGAAGCUGAAAAGAGCCAUCAAUAAAUCCAAACCUUAUUUUGAACUGAAGGCAAAGUACUAUGUUCAGCUAGAGCAACUGAAGAAAACAGUGGAUGACCUGCAGGCCAAACUGGCCCUGGCAAAGGGAGAGUACAAGACUGCCUUGAAAAAUCUGGAGAUGAUCUCAGAUGAGAUCCAUGAGAGGAGAAGGUCCACUGCCAUGGGGCCCCGAGGGUGCGGCGUGGGUGCCGAGGGGAGCAACGCCUCCGUGGAGGACCUGGCAACGAGUAAGCCAGAGCCAGACACCGUCUCCAUGGCUUCAGAAGUGUUUGAGGAUGACAACGGCAGCAGCUUUGUGUCCGAAGAAGAUUCAGAAACUCAGUCAGUGUCCAGCUUCAGCUCUGGUCCUACGAGUCCCUGUGAGGUGCCCACUCAGUUUCCUCCUGCCACACGGCCUGGAAGCCUGGACCUGCCCAGCCCCGUCUCCCUCUCCGAGUUCGGGAUGAUCUUCCCUGUCCUGGGCCCCCGCAGUGAAUGCAGCGGGGCCUCCUCCCCCGAGUGUGAAGCUGAGAGAGGGGAUAGGGCAGAAGGGGCUGAGAACAAGACAAGCGACAGAGCGAACAAGAACAGGAGCAGCACCAGGAGCAGCUCCACGGAAGGGCUGGCUCUGGAUAACCGAAUGAAGCAGCUCUCCCUGCAGUGCAUGAAAAUCAAGGAGGGAAUUUGUGCUGGCAGGAAAGCUGCCCAGAUUGGCUGAGGCCUUCUCGUGCCCCAUCCUGAAUAAUGGGAGUCUAAAUAUUUAUACAUGAACUUCUAAGUGUUUGAAGAACGUUGUGCCAAUAAUAUAUGCCA